CACUUGUGUCGUUGUCGUCAACAUUCCACACACAGACCAAACAGCGCUGAGACUACAAUAGUCGCUCUUUUUCAGCUAAAGGUUAUUUUUUACUUCGUGUAUCAUGGGGAAAGUUUUUCUUUUCGUUUGUAUCGCUUUAUUUCUGAAUGAGACUCAGUCGGGAGAAAUAGGGGCCAAGAAAAACAAACGCAACAGCACCAGCGUCGCCAGCCCAAGAGUUUUUCAAGGAUAUGCCUUCACAGUUAAUCUACCUCUCCUUCAGAACCGAACAGAACCAAAAACACUUAUCUCACCCUCUGGUCCCAUGGUUGUUGUAGAAGUGGAGUUACGUAGCAACAACACGGCAAUGUACCUCAGUGGUCCUCUGAGCAAGUGGUUCAUCCCAGCUCUCUACAUCAUAGCUGUCGUCAUUGGGAUUCCCGCCAAUAUCGCCAUUUUGGUUGCUGUUGGAACCAAAGGGAGGAUCAUUUCGUCUGCCAUUUUGUAUUGUAGCUUAGCGUUGUCGGACUUGCUACUGUUGCUUAGCUUGUUGCUAAAGGCACACUAUCACCUCAACGGCAACCAUUGGAUAUUUGGCGAAACCGCUUGCCGCAUCACUACCGGCUGUUUUUAUGGCAACCUCUAUUGCUCAGCGUACACGCUAGCCUGGAUUAGCGUCAAGCACUACAUGGCCAUUGUUCACCCAUUCUUCUAUAAGAGCUUGCCAAUGCGGUCCUUCACUGCAUUGAGUUGCUUAGCAAUGUGGAUUGUAUUUAUUAUAGCCAUUCUACCAGAGAUGAUAGUGCAACAGAGCUACCGCAUCGCACGCCUUGGAAUCGUCACAUGCCAUGAUGUUCUUCCCACCAAUUACGAAGUCUACCAAUGGCUUGUCUACUACAACCUUGGCCUUACCUGUGUUGGCUUCUUUCUGCCCCUAGUGGUGACAGUAGUGUGUUACACUUCGAUAGUGUGGCACCUAAAUCGCUCACACUGCGACUGGGCCCUCUACAUCAGAGCUAGCACAUUUAACUUCAUUAUCUUCAUCGUGUGUUUUGCCCCAAGUAGCUGCUUUCAUUUUGUGCAUUACAUGCUGCUGUCUACAAAUACGACUGAGGAAUUCUAUAUCUACUUUAGUGUGACUGUGUGCCUGUGUUGCCUACAUAGCGCUCUGGAUCCAUUUCUCUUUGUUCUCAUGUCCAGGACUGUUGGAACAAAACAGUACAUUGGUACAGGCAAAGGACACGCACUUAGCAUUUCUACUUAAAUCUUAAUCAAAACAGGAGCAAACUAGAACUAACAUGGUACUAGCAACACCAAGGUCAUGGGAUUUCCUAGGGAAACACAUAUGCCUAAUGAUAAAAUCCAUAGGUUAACUGUACUGUAAGUUGCUGUUGAAAAAAGUGCAGCCAAAUGUGUAAAUAGUAACGGCCUAUAUAGGCAGUUGCAAUCUAAAUAAAAGGAACCUCGCAGGGGACUGAUUUUGAAAACGACAUACAACAUGAUCACAAGUGAAAUCAACAUGCCACUUCCAAAUGUUCAUAUACCUUGAAAUCGACACCAUUUUGCCAAAUUGCUGACAAUUACCGGCACAAUCACCGUGGUACUACUAAAAGGGCGUUAUGCAAGCAAUUUUUGGUCCAGAGGAAACCAGGAAGUAAUUGUGCUCACACCGAGACAUGGGUUUGGGAAACCAUAAUGUAAUACCAUUCACUUAAACAAUGGUAAACAAAAUCAACAGUAUGCGUGACGCAAAUUUCGUCAUUAGCACAGCCUGUGCGCGGCCCAGAUUUUCUCGAAUAGCGGGCAGUCCUCAUCUGUGUGCAUCAUUGGCGCAUGCACCUGCUGUUGACUGUUACAAUAUAACAAAGCAGUUGAAUUGCACAUGCAUCGAACGUUUGUAUUCAAUCGUGUUCAAAAGAGUAUAGUUUGAAAGGCAAUGUGGUCAAAAGUGCGCGAUCCGAUCUAGAAGGCAGAAAUACGAAGUAUGCCCAAGUUAAAAAAAUUGCAUUCUUGUUUACUGCAUUACUACAUUUACAAAUAAACAUGCAACUCGCUUUUGGUGCCACCCUGUGGACAUUUCUCCUCAACAACACUUCCAGCUUCGGCCACUGGGGGCAGUGUUUUGAAUCUCGGCAAUCACAGACUGAUUUCAACAGCCAAAGUUUCGAUCUCACGUUGUUGAAUUCACAGUGUGAUCAGUCACCAACAUAGUUAGCAACCUUGAGCGGUAUGUGCAGCACACAAAAUAGUGCUCACUAUUGAUGAUGCUCAAAAUAGGGUGUUGCUAGGCUAAAAACCCAAUACUCUAAUAAGCAUAAAAUUACACAACACACAAAUGUUGGGUAAAAUUGUUCAUUUUUAAUUAGAUGUCUUUAGGUUGUGAUCUUCUAAGCCUAGUUUUUCUAGUUUUGAAGAAGAGGGAACAUUUGUUUUUAAAGAUCCAGCCAGUUCUGGCUGAUCUGGUUUGAAUUGGUUGGACAGAACCAGCACCUUUUAUACUGAAUACAAAUGGAGAGACAUUUGAAUGGCCUCGAAAGAAAAGGUUGUAAUAUACUGCUUGGACUGUGUUCAGUGUGUGUGUGUGUGUGUAUGUCUGUCUGUGAACAAGAAAGUGUUAUGUAAAGCCUUGUUGACCAAGGCAAAUCUUGUAUCUAUAUACUUUACCAAUUGAUCAGAGAAUCAUUUAAAUGCUUUUGAUAAUCCAUAUAUUUAAACAUAUAUCUGUGUUCAAAGCAUAGCAUAAUCAUUAAAGCAAUUAAUAAA